AUGUCAAAUUCCUUUCGUGGUAUUCCAGGGCAACUAGUAGAUAACUCUCGUGCAAGAGAGCUAAGGGCAAAAGUAAAAGAGUUGGUAAACAUAUCAAGUUUUGCUGGUGCCCAGCCUGUCAGCUUCACUUAUCAGCACUUGCGUGAAUUAGAAAGUGAAAAUUAUUUUGUCUGUGAAAAAUCAGAUGGAAUACGUGUUUUACUUUAUUUGACAGUUGAUAGUCACACUGGUCAACCGUAUGAUAAGAUUUUCCACGAUGGCACCAUAGUUGAUGGUGAACUAAUUAUUGAUGUUGAAGAUGAUGGAAUGGAAACUCAAAAGCUACUUGCUUUUGACUUGCUGGUAGUAAUGAAAAAGAAUUUAAUGAGUAAACCACUCACUAGCAGAUUAGGUUACCUUCGUGAACGUGUUAUAAAACCAUAUAAAGACCUUUCAAGUCGACGUCCAGGACUAAAUGGUUCUUCAUCUUGCAUAAAGGUAGAAGUCAAGCCUAUGGAGUUAUCAUACGGCCUAGACAAAGUUCUGCAUGAAACCAUACCGAAGCUGAAGCAUAAGAGUGAUGGUUUAAUUUUUACAUCAUCUGUAGCUCCAUAUUCACCAGGGACUUGUGAAAAAAUGUUAAAAUGGAAACCACCAAAUGAAAAUUCUAUUGAUCUUCAAUUACGCCUUGAAGAUGGUUGGAAACAAGGAUUUCACUAUCAAAAUAACUUCAAUAGGCCAAAAAGGUUCCUUUUAUAUAAAUGGAUGCAAAAAGAUGAACAUUCAUACUUUGAUGAUUUAUAUGUUACCGAUGAUGAAUGGGAUGAAUGGCAACGCAAUGAAGAGCCACUUGAAAGACGUAUAGUUGAAGUAACUUGUGAAACUCUACCAGACAAAACCACGCGGUGGAGGUUUUUAAGGUUCCGUGAUGAUAAACCGCAUGCAAAUCAUUAUACAGUGGUAGAAAAAAUACAAGAAAGCAUUAUGGAUGGAAUUACUGAACAACAGUUAAUUGAUCAUAUACCAAAAAUACGCAAUUCUUGGAAACAAAGAGAAAAGAUGUUUCGAUAA